UCGUCAAAAUUGACAAGUACACAAGUCAAAACAUUUUUAUAUUUACAAUAAAUGGGUAAAUUUCGGUUAUGCAAACAGAUUCAGCAACCGCUAUAUUUUACACAUCGCUUUUAGCAUGUGUACCUCUUGGUUGCGUGUAUAAAAAUAUUCAAGAUAUACAAAAGCGGCUUGCAUUAGGUACUGGGAUAGGAAUACUGAUUGCUCUAAUUAUUUGUGGUCCCAAAGCAUUUUACACAGUUUUUUUGGUAUCGGGAAAUAUUAUUGUGAUUAAAUGCUGCGAUAAACGUUUCGUCCAUAAAAUGAGCCUCUCGUUUACAUGGAUGUUCCUUCUAUAUUUAUAUUUCCAUGUUGGAUGCACAAAAUACGCUGGAUGGUUAUUUCAAACAUUAUCAUUGCGGCUGGUCGGCUUAGCUUUUGAAAUUUACCUCUAUGACCAAACUACAAGCAACAAGACAGAGACCAAAAGUGCUCCUCAUAAAGUUCCCGCGAGUUUACUUGACGAAAAGGUUACUCAAUUAACCGCCGCUGACAUUGCCACGUAUGCAUUUUUCUUUAUAGGCAUACAUAAAGGGCCGUAUUAUACAUGGAAAACCUUCAACGACCAUAUAAACAGCACUGUCAGCGUGCAAGGCGAUUUCUGGGUGGUCACUGGGCAGAAGCUGAGAAAGACUUUGUUGCUGACGCUUGGAUAUUUUGCCCUGCGGUCGAAUUACCCGAUCUCCACGUACGAAGAUGACGAGUUCUACACAAACUAUGGCACCGAUUAUCGAUUCUUAUUCUGUAUGCCACAACUAGUGAUUUACUACCUGGAGUCCCAGAUCAUCCUCAUGAUUACCACCAGCACAUGUUCGGGAGCGGGGUUUGGCGUGUAUCCUGCCAAGUCCGUGGCGGUCCCGGGCGCUGGACCUACAAGACCUGUCGUAGGACCAGAACUGUCACCGGAUAAAGAAGAAUACAAUUUUUCAAUGCUCAAAUGUUUCGAUAACGAGAAAAUAUUGAUGGGGCCGAAAAUGAAGGACACGAUACGUGGCUGGGACAUGGCCACGCGGUACUGGUUCGCACAGUAUAUCGUCAAGAACCUUAUUAAUAAUAACUUCGAAGUAAGAAGUGCGUGCUCAUUCCUGCUUUGGACGAUAUGGACGGGUUCCACAAUCCAAGACACAAUCAUGGCACUGACUCUCUGGGUCUACAUUCACUUGGAAUCCGAUUAUUCCCAGUUGUACUCCGAAUCGCUAACAGGCCCAUGGGAUCUCGGCUUUGCGAUAAUGCGCAUUUUAUGCUUAUGCUACCUUACGCCAUGUCUCAUCAUAGAAGACUGGUCCGUAGCCCUGAGAUAUUACAAUUCAAUCUACUGGGUAUACCACAUGGUGCUCGGAGUUCUGACCGUGGCAGCGAUUGCUAUAGAUAAAAGGAGAGCAAGAGUGAAAUUCGUCUCGAAUGCAGAUGCUCUAAAAGAUAUUACCGCGAGUAAAAGCAAAACUGAUGACGUAGCACCAAGCAAGCCUGAAAACACGACCCAGGACAUCAGGCCGUCUACAAGUGGGAAUAAAUGAUAGGGGUUAUUAAAUCUA